UCCGGCUGCGGUAGUGCCGACCAGCACCCCGGUGAACGGGAGUUCUGCUGGGAAAGUGAUGAUGAGUAGUCCACCUCUCCAACACGAUUCUUAUCUUCCCGGCGGAUCGGUCGCAAAUGCAGGAAACGGAAUUGUGAAAAACGCAGAACAUCAAGCUACAACUGCAGUCCCUAUGAAUUCCCCACCGACGAUAAGUUUGAACAGCAACAGUCUGCUUCCAACCACCGGCGCGUUUUUGUCCUCGCAACUGCCGUCCGCGCCGAAGAAUUCCUUUUGCAUUCCGUCGCCGGAGCACCAGGUUUUUAACGGGUCGUCCAAUGGCUUCAGCGGUGGGACGAUGACGGUGAAUAACAAAAAUUUAGGCCAACAGCAUCAACAUUCGACAUCAAUUUCUGACCCAACACGAAGGUUCUCCGCCUUUCCGCUGCAGUCCGGAACAACAUCGAACUACGCAGGAGCUUCGACUUCACUACACUCCUCCAGCACAGGCCCGCCACUCGUCGGGCAAAACCUCGCGGCGAACGCGAUUCGCCACAGUUACUGCGCCCCACCGGGAGUCGGGGGUAUGGGAAUAAUGAAUACUACUGGAAGUAGUAGUAGCGUCUUGAAAGCAGGACAACUCUCGUCGUCGAUGAACAAUGGUACCCUGAGUGUGCACGGGCCUGGCACCGCAACGCUCGACACCACGUCGUCUGUCCAAUUACUAGCAGGAGACCAUCUAUUCGAAGAUCAUGACCCACGCACGCAG